AUGUCUCAAUCCGACAAAAUCGAAAGUAUUCCCGCUCCCGCAUUAAACGCGCCAGCUUCGUCGAAUACCUGCGAGCUAUGGGCGGUGGAUUCAACUUGUGACAUAUAUUGCACAUCGAAUCUACUUCUAGAACCGGUAGCCAAAGGGCAUGAACAGUUAAAUCUACCCACAUUCGCCUUCUACAUCCACAACACGCGACUGAACAAGCGCGUUCUCUUCGACAAUGGCGCACGGAAAGAUUGGUGGAACACCCCGCCAGCCACUUGUCAAGGGAUUGCGGGUAAAGGUGCGGUUGGUCUGAAUGUAAAGCAUGAUAUUCACGACAUCCUUGUUGCGGGAGGUGUUGAUCCCAACUUGGUCAACGCCGUGGUCUGGAGCCACUACCAUUGGGAUCACGUCGGCAAUAUCCAGUUAUUUCCCAAAUCGACUGAUCUGAUCGCCGGGCCCGGGUUUCGCGAGACGUUUCUGCCAGGUUAUCCAACAAACAAGGACGCAUUCUUUUACGAGGCUGAUUUUGAAGGUCGGAACGUGCAAGAACUGAGAUUUGACGCCAACUCCCCACGAAUCGGUCGGUUCCAGACCUUUGACUACUUUGGAGAUGGAAGCUUUUAUCUAUUAUACACACCCGGGCAUACAGCUGGACAUCUCUCCGGUCUAGUGCGAACCACACCAGAUACCUUCGUUUUCUUGGGCGGCGACAUCUCUCAUUUUCCCGGCAUGUUUCGGCCGACGCCCUUCGUACCCAUGCCGGAAAAUAUCCCAGCAGAGACCAAUCUCGACUCCAGAUUCAGUCAUCCAUGCCCAUGUUCAAUUUUCACUGCUUGCCACAGGAAUGAAAGUCAAGGGAAUGCGCGAACUUCGACAUUCUACCACGUAUCUCAAAGUCCGACAUCGUGGUACGAGGACUUCAACCAAGCACAGAACUCGGUGGAUGGAUUGACAGAAUUUGAUGCAUCGGAGAAUGUUUUUGUGGCCAUUGCGCAUGAUCCAGCUCUGAGAGAAGUGAUUGAGACCUUUCCCAAAUCCAACAUGAAUGAUUGGAAGGCGAAGGGUUGGGGAAAGCAGUCGCAUUGGCAUUUCGUCAAUGAGUUGCCGAUCGAUGGGAAUCCGGGACGACCGCCGAUUGUAGAUGGAAUAUGGAAACAUGGGAACCAUGUUGAGAUUUAA